AUGUUAAGUACACCGAAUUUGAUGGUGAAACUGAUCUGGCUGAUUCUACUAAUACUCGGUCUAUGUCACUGCGAAUCAACCGUUACUGAAAAGACGAUAUUGCUUAUUGGCGAAACUGGAGUUGGAAAGAGUUUUAUUGGUAAUAAAUUACUUGCAGAAAGAAAGUUUAAUACAUCCGGAGGUGUCAAUUCAACGACAAAUCAGACUGAAGCUUAUACGAAAAGAAUUCAAUUAUCAACUGACACCGGUCUAUUAGAAUUGACAGUUGUCGACACUCCAGGCAUCGGCGAUACCAAUGGGAGGUCAAGCGAAUUUCUGGAUAAGAUUGUAGAGUAUAUCAGAACGCACGAUAUCAAUACAAUCGCGAUUGUUGUAAAACACGAUAAAAUAAACGAACCGUUUCGAAAGUAUUUGACUGCACUGAAAGAAACUUUAGUUCGUUUCAAUGAUGCACAAACAAUCCUGAUUGUGAACAAAGUGACACCUGAAGAGCAAUUGCGCGAAGAUGUAAAUGGGCCUCAAACUGUAGAAGAAUUGACAGCUCAAGUAAAAAGUGUAGUUUUCACAGCAUUGAAUUGUUCUUCUUUGAGUAAUAUUGUGAUAAUCCCACUGCUUGCCGAUGCGCAGACAUGGAAAUCAGCAGUAGAAAAUAUUUCGCAAAUGAUCAGAUCUUCAGGGCAAGUAGAUAAAGAAGGACUGAAAACAUGGACCGAAACGUUAAAACAUUACGAGAACGUUCUCAACGGGAAGAUUUCAGCAGAUGUUGCUGUUAAGUGGAGAAUAAGUCAGCUCGAGGGGGAGCGAAGGGGAUUGGUAAAUGACAUCGAUUACAAUCAGGCCCGUAUUAAUAAAAUCAUAAACAUAAAAAUACCAGCUACGGUAUUGAUCCCCAUUGCGUGUCCCAUUACAGUGGCGGUUCUGUUAGCUGAAGCGAAUAGAUGCGAAGAGAGAAUUCGGGGAUUUGAGAAAAGAAUACGUGAGAUUGACAAUCAAUUACAUCCUUUACGUAGUGGUGCGGUUAGCACAGAACAAGAAGGUUCAUGGGCCGAUAAAAAACUGAAAUAUAUGCAGAGUAUUUUCGAUGAAUCAAACGAUGAUGGUGCCAAGGCCAAAAAUAAAAAAUCCGAACUGUGA